AUGGCAGCCAAACGCUCGAUCAACGAAGCAGAUGUCGCAGAGCUUCGAGGCUUGCUCAAAGAUACUGACGCACAGUUGGUGACAUCGAAGGAAACUGAAGCAUAUACGAAAUCUGUACGACGCUGGUCAAAGGCCGCCGAGAAACCCGCGGGAGCAUGUCUCAUCCCAAAAUCUGCAGAAGCAAUUUCGAUUACGCUAAAAUAUGCAUCGGAGCAGGGUCUAGAUAUUGCUGUGAAGGGAGGUGGCCACUCUACUGCUGGCGCGUCGUCAACGGACGGUGGACUACUCAUCGAUCUAAAUACGUACAUGCGAACCACUGAGGUCGAUGUUGAGGGAAAGACCAUCAAAGUUGGUGGAGGUGCGGUAUGGGGUGAUGUUGAUGAAGCUCUCGCACCCUAUGGCCUUGCAACGGUCGGCGGCACCGUCUCGGAUACUGGCGUCGGUGGUCUCACGUUUGGGGGCGGCUAUGGCUGGCUCACAGUCAAACACGGCUUGGUUGUUGACAACCUCAUUUCUUGUACUGUCGUCUUGGCGGACGGCAGCAUUGUCAAAGCCUCCAAUGACAAGUACCAAGACCUUUUCUGGGCUCUGCGUGGUGCAGGACAGAACUUUGGCGUCGGCGUUGAAUUCGAAUUCCGUACCCACGAAACAGGAGACCUGUGGGCCGGCUUCAUGAUGUUUGCGCCAACACCGGACAUCAUCAAGAAGGCUGUAGAAGCCUGCAAUGAGAUCUUCACACCUGAUGCAGAUGGCAACUCAAAAGCGACCGGCAAAGCUGCGAGUGCUUUCGGCUUCGUCAGGCCCCCACCUGCUGGUGGCCAGGUCUUGUUUUUCGUUGCAGCGUUGUACCAUGGAUCGGAAGAAGACGGCAAAGAGCUGUUCAAGGACAUCAUCGCACUAGAGCCUCUGAUGAGCACCAUGGCAACGAUGCCCUACGCCAAGGCAAACAAAUUGAUGGACCUCCCUAUUGGCGCACGUGUCUCAAUCAAAGGCGCUGGUUUUGAGCUCCCCGUUCGAGGUGAUUUUGUUGUUUCUGUUCUAGAAGCGUACGCCAAGUUUACUGACGAGACACCUGAUGCGAUGGGUUCCCAGAUCAUGUGGGAGCUGGUCGACCCAGCCAAGCUUGUUGCUGUCACCAACUCUGACACGGCCUUCGCAAACCGCGGGCGACAUUUCAAUGUAGCUGUUGCGCCGUUAUGGUGGGAUGAGAAGAAUGAUCCAAAGUGCAGGCAGUGGUCAAGAGAUGUGGCGCUAUUGUUCAAGAAGGAACUUCAGCGCAGCGGCGCAGAGACAAGCGAGAAUAAGGAUGGUUGGAUUGGAAAAAGAGGCAGUCAUGGGGCGACGAUGGUGUAUGGUAACUAUGAUCAAUAUGAAGAAAAAUCUAGGGACGUCUUCGGUAACAACUACGAGCGCUUGCAGGAGUUGAAGGCCAAGUAUGACCCGCGUAAUAUGUUCAACAAGCUCUUUGCUGUUGCACCGAGAGCUUCGACGCCAUAA